AUGGAUCCAAGCUUCCAGCAAAAACUGGAGGGUGAGAAGGAACUGCUUCGCCGUGCUAUACAGAAAGAACUGAAGAUUAAAGAGGGAGCAGAAAACCUGCGCAAAGCGACAACGGACAGAAAGAAUCUUGUCCACAUAGAGCACGUGCUGAAAUCUUCCAACCGAAAACUGGAGCAACUGCACUGGGAACUUCAGGAGCUUAACGCAAGGAUUGUCAUAACAGACAAAGAGGAGAGCAAGACAGAUGGAUCUGUAUCUCCAGGUCCUUGUCUCUGGGAAAGAAGCCCGGACCCCAUGGCAAGGAAGGUUGAAGCUCUAAAAAAGCAGCUGCAUGUUGAAAUGAAAGUGAAACAAGGAGCUGAGAACAUGAUCCAAAUGUAUUCAACAUCCAAGGAGCGGAAGCUGCUGGCUACAGCUCAGCAGAUGCUUCAGGACAGCAAGACAAAGAUUGAAAUAAUCCGCAUGCACAUUGUGAAAGUAUCUCAGUCAGCAGGAGGGAUGGAAGAUACAGUGGAUCCAGCAGUGAGGAUGGGGACCACCAUCAGUGCUUUGGAGCUGCGUAUUGAGGAGCUGAGACACCACCUACGCAUUGAAGCUGCUGUAGCUGAGGGGGCAAAAAAUGUGCUGAAGAUCCUUGGAGGAAGUCGGGUACAGGAUCGCAAGUUUUUGGCUGAGGCUCAGGGGCGUUUGCAAGAGUCCUCUCAGAAGAUUGACCUGCUGCGCUUGUCCUUGGAACAUCAGCUUAGUGAGCUUUCUCCUGAUCACCCAAAAAGAGCACUCAUCAAGCAGGAACUAGUAAAUACUUCCUCCCUGGGAGCUCAGCAUGGCAGCAUCCAACCCGCUUCAGUCAUCAAACCUACAGCCCUUACAGGAACAUUGGAAGUGAGACUGAUGGGUUGUCAGGAUCUAUUGGAAAACGUUCCAGGACGUUCCCGAAUGACUAGUUCUUCUCCCAUCUGUGGCAGCCCAAGUGAUUUGCGGUCCCUUUCCCGAACACGAGUUGGCCUGGGUAUCCAUGGCCGUAGUGUUGCAGGAAAGUACCUGCGGAAUGAAGAGCCAUGUAAUGAGGUCCUUGCUGUGCUCAAAGUGGACAAUAAAGUGGUUGGCCAAACAAACUGGGGACCAGUUAAUAACCAGGCAUGGGACCAGAGCUUUGUCAUUGAGCUGGACCGGUCUCGUGAGCUAGAAAUUGCAAUUUAUUGGAGAGACUGGAGAGAACUGUGUGCAGUGAAGUUUUUACGUUUGGAUGAUUUCCUUGAUAACGAACGUCACGGGAUGUGCCUCUCACUCGAACCCCAAGGAAUGCUUUUUGCAGAGGUGAUGUUCUGUAAUCCGGUCAUUGAGAGAAAGCCAAAGCUGCAGCGACAGAAACGCAUUUUCCCCAAACAGAAAGGGAAGGAAUUUCUCCGAGCUCCUCAGAUGAACAUAAAUGUUGCUGCUUGGGGUCGCCUGAUGAUGAGUUUCCUCCCUCCGUGUAGUUCCAUGAGCACGCUGAGUCCCCCACUUCAUGAUCCCAUUCACACAGACUUCUCUCCACAAUCUCCUUCAAUUUUGUCUUACAAAUGCAGUGACUUUCCUGUGGCUAAGCUUACAUUUGCUGACGAAGCACCACCCAAGCCUCCACGCCUUUUUCUGAUGGCCAACUCCAAAGAUUCAACACCGUCUCCUGCAGAUUCUCCGUGUCUGAAGAGGCUGCACGUUGAGGAGAAGUCUUGCAGCUCUGCUGGAGCAGAAUUUCCAAUCCUGGCAUCUCCAAGGAAAAGGACAGUUCAGCUUGAGGAUUUUCACUGCAUUGCUGUGUUGGGACGUGGCCACUUUGGGAAGGUACUGCUGGCUCGAUAUAAGGCAACUGGGAAACUGUAUGCUAUCAAAGCCUUGAAGAAAAAAGAUAUUAUUAGGAGAGAUGAAAUUGAUAGCUUGAACUGUGAGAAGCGAAUAUUUGAAGUGGUCAAUUCUUCUGAUCAUCCAUUCCUUGUGAACAUGUUUGCAUGUUUCCAGACCCCUCAUCACGCUUGUUUUGUGAUGGAAUAUACUCCGGGUGGUGAUCUUAUGAUGCGCAUACAUGAAGAUGUCUUUCCGGAGUAUAUGGCACAGUUUUAUACAGCCUGCGUAGUCUUGGGGCUCCAGUUCUUGCAUGAGAAGAAAAUUAUUUAUAGGGACCUGAAAUUGGAUAAUCUCCUUUUAGAUGCUGAAGGAUUUGUGAAGAUCGCGGAUUUUGGAUUGUGUAAGGAAGGAAUAGGUUUUGGAGACCGCACAAACACCUUCUGCGGCACCCCCGAAUUUCUGGCUCCAGAAGUCCUGACGGACGUCUCGUACACCCGGGCAGUAGACUGGUGGGGACUGGGUGUGCUCAUUUAUGAGAUGCUUGUUGGUGAGUCACCAUUCCCUGGAGACGAUGAGGAAGAAGUCUUUGACAGUAUUGUCAACGACGAAGUCCGGUAUCCACGAUUCCUUUCGUCCGAGGCACUUUCUAUAAUCCGUAAGCUUCUUCGGAAGUGUCCAGAGCGUAGACUGGGAGCAGGGGAAAGAGACGCAGAAGAGAUUAAAAUCCAGGCCUUUUUUAAGGAGAUUGAUUGGGAUGCCUUGUUUGCCAGGACUCUGAAGCCUCCUUUUGUGCCCACUUUAAGAGAUCCCACCGACAUUAGCAACUUCGAUGAAGAGUUCACAUCCCAAAAGCCAAUCCUUACUCCCCCAGAGGAGGUUGCUCUCCUAACCCGUAAGGAGCAGACUGUCUUCAAGGACUUUGACUUUGUCUCCAGACACCUUUUAGAAGUUUGAUUCCUGAACAGAUUGUUUCCACCUUUUGAGAGUGUAGAGAGGACUUGGCUUGGGCAAUGGCAAAGUCAACAGAAUUUGUAGAACUGGU